UAAUUUAGACCAUAUAGGUUGAUUUGAGAAUGUUAAGAUCCCUUACCAGAUAAUCAUAAGUAAACACUCAUGGGAUAAACCGCUAUAAGAUCAAUACUUACAAAAUGGAAUCUUUGUGCAAACAUGGUAAAUUAUGAGUUAUCGACAAUUUCCCAUUGAAUUCCAUUUAAAUGAUGUAAUAAAUGUGCACUUGCAGCGGCCUGAAAAUGACAGAUGGAGGCACCGAUAGUAGCUUGUCAGCAACCGGAAUGUCUCCCAUACACAGCAGCCUGUACAGCCAACACGAUCAAAAUUAUGUCGAAGGAGUGUCCGUGGAGGUCUGCCAUAUAAUGACCCUGCUGGGAUACGGGGAGGAGAUCAGACGGAGACGGAUUGAGAAGUUCAGGGAAUGUGAUAUGCUGUGGAACGCAGAAUCCAUUAAUCGACAUCUCAUCACAGUCGGAAGCAAGGCCGAGGGACUUACCAGCUUGCGUGAAAGCGAUUAUGAUCAGUUACAUGUGCUAAACAAAGUCCUCUGUGUGGAAACUGGAGUCGAUAUAAACAUCAUACCAGACGACAUAGAAGUUUGCAGAAUGGAUACACGCGACGUGUACCCAGGACACUGCAAGAUGUUACCGUUACCGGAGAGACUUAAUUACACACGUACUAAUGUUUUUAAUAAUGUUGUGUGUCGUGACGAACAAGGGAACAAUAUGAUAAGCAGCGGUUUAUUUCUUGAUAAAAUGUCAAAAUUUAGAGGUGAAGGAGUAGGUCCACUUAAACGCGCGGGGCCCUCACUACCGAGGUGGGACGAUAAAGGAUUAAAAUUCGACCAAGUAUUUGCAGUAAAUUGUCUCUGCCCCAGCAUCCUGCAGAGAUGGGCCCAACGAGUUCGACUUUGGCCGCCAGCGGAGGUCGUGCAGAAAGUUGUAUCAUUGGGCUCUGUUGUUACCCCGGUAGGAUUUAAAGGUAGUAAAAACAAUGAAUUCGAGUGGAGGAUUUGCUUUAACAUGGGUGAAACAGAACUCGUACACAAUCUGAAUAUCACUCAGGCAAAAGUGUAUGUAAUUCUGAAAAUGAUUGUAAAAGAGGUACUGAAACCAAACAAUAAAGAAAUAACAACAUUUGUGAUGAAAAAUAUAAUUCUUUGGCAAGCUGAAAGAAAUCCACCCUCUUUGUUUCAAGAAAAAAAAAAUUUGAUCUACUGGUUACAUGAUGCACUGGGAAAACUGCUAACUGCAAUAUCAUCUACCCAGCUGUCAUAUUACAUGAUUCCUGAGCGAAAUUUGAUGGAAGCUUGUGGGUUGCAGGCUGAACAGAAGCGUAAAUGGGUAGAAGAUAUCACAAACAUGAUGGAAGAAGGUCCAAGUGUUAUACUGAGAUUGCCGAGGAUUCGUCAGGCCGUUAUAUGUUACCCACAGCCUAUGCUGUGGUUCAGUAGGAGAAGGAUGGAGGCGGAGAUACUGAUACUGGAGUGGAUGAGGAGAGACUUGCAAUGUAGAUGUGAGAACGGUAGGUAUGAUAUUGAUGAUAUUAUUCUGGUGGAGAUAGACAGACGCCAGGACGAGAUUGCAAAAGAAGUAUAUGACAGGAUGUCUGUUGAAGGCAGCGCUGUAAAUAAUGUGACUGAUGUAUAUUUUAGACUGUUGAUGUAAUUAUGAAUUUAAGAGAUAUAUUUCAUGUCAUCACAAUACAGCGAUUGAUUAAACCUGUGCAAUAUCA